GAUGGGAGAAGUAUAUAAAAAUAGCAUAAAUUAUUAGAUUAAUGCUGAUACUGCAUAUGUUGGUGGAGUAAAGAUUGCUAAAUAAGAAUUUGCAGAAAUAGUAAGAGAGAAUGGUGAUGUAUUUGCAUAAUCAGAUUUUGAUGGUAUUGUUGGAUUAGCAUAUCCAACAAUGGCUGCUUAUAAUUUCAACCCAUUAUUUGAUAACAUUAUGCAAUAGAAAUUAUUAGACAGAAAUGUGUUUUCUUUCUAUUUUUCAAGAUAAGAAGGUUCUAGAUCAUCUGAGUUAACAUUGGGUGGUUGGGAUAAUGAUCAUUUCACUGGAGAAUUACAUUUCCAUAAUGUUGUUAAUAAAUAUUAUUGGUUAUUGGAUGCUGAUAAUAUUUUAGUCAAUGAUAAAGAUGUAGGACUUUGUAAACAUGGAUGUAAAGUAGUUGCUGAUACUGGUACUUCAUUAUUAACUGGUCCAUCAGAAGCUUUAUAUGAUUUACUUGGUAUUCCUUUAUUUUAAUUUUAGAUACCUUGAACAUUGAUGAAAACUGUAGUAACGUUAAGGAAUUACCAAAAUUAACAUUUGUUUUAGAUGGUAUUAAAUAUGAUUUGGAUGCUAAUGAUUAUGUGAUGAAAAUAGAUUCUUAAGGAAAUGAAGUAUAUAUAAUAUUCAUUAAUUUAGGUUGCUUAUGAUACCUUUGCUAGUACUGAUAGUUUUGUAGAAAUGGGAGCAAAUUGCCAAUGUGUUGGAUCAUUUAUGCCUUUAGAUAUUCCAUCACCUUAAGGACCAGCCUGGAUUUUAGGUGAUACUUUCCUUAGCAAAUUUUAUUCUGUCUACGAUAGAGAUAAUGAUAGAGUUGGUUUUGCUAGAUCAAAAUGAUUCAUAGAAUUAUCAUUCAAAUAUACAUCUUAAGAAUAAUUAUGAUAAAUAAUAAUUGCUUAUUUA